AUGUCUGGCAAUACUCACACGGAUGUUCUCCUAGCUGGAGCUUUUGCGGCUUUCACAGUUGACUUACUUGUUUAUCCAUUAGACACGCUGAAAACGCGUUUUCAAAGUCCGGAUUAUAAAAAAAUAUAUUACAACUCUUCAAAAACAGCUAUCAAUAAACGUUUACUCUUCGCUGGUCUUUACCAAGGGGUAGGCAGCAUCAUUUUGAUAACCAUACCAUCAUCGGGAGCAUUCUUCACAGCUUAUGAAGCCGUCAAAAGCGGACUCAUCAAGGCAAAUCCAACUCUGAGUGGCUCAAGUUCGCCUCUAAUACCUCAACCCUUCAUUCACAGCGCUGCCUCGUCAAUAGCGGAACUUGUAUCUUGCUUUAUCUUAACGCCUGCAGAAGUCCUGAAGCAAAAUGCCCAAAUGAUGCGCAAGCCAGCUGGCGGAUCGUCAUCAAAUGCCUCAACCGUCUUUCAACCUUCUGCGACCUUACAAACAUUGCGAAAGUUCAAGCGUCCAUCCCAACUGUGGAGAGGAUACACGGCACUAGCUGCUCGGAACUUACCCUUCACAGCAAUGCAGUUUCCGAUGUUUGAGCAUCUGAAAACAACUAUCAAACAGUAUAGGAAAGAUAAAGGCACUUUUACCGGCACCUUAGGCGAAACAGCAAUGAUCACUGCGAUUAGCGCAGGAAGUGCGGGAUCCGUCGCAGCUGUUAUCACAACCCCAGUUGACGUGGUCAAAACCAGAAUUAUGCUAUCUGCUGCGGGCGAGACUUCCGAAAAGGCCGCAAUGGAGGAGGUGGACAAGAGUCGGAAGCAAGGGAGAUCGCUGAAAGAUUUGGCAGAGAAGACAGGUGGUUUGAAGAAGAGUGGCUUCGUGGUUGCGCAGGAGGUCUACAGAGAUAGCGGAAUGCGAGGGCUCUUCCGAGGUGGAACACUCAGAGCAGCAUGGACUGCACUAGGAAGUGGAUUAUAUCUUGGAGUUUAUGAGAGUGGACGAGUAUGGUUAGGUGAACGACGUGGAAACACCACGGAAGACCUAUCAUAA